GGGCUGCUGAGGUGGCUGUCGCCGGCUCGGAGCUGCGGCUGCCCCGGGUCGAGCCCCCGAUGGAGGCCGAGGCGGCGGAAAGCCCCCCGGGCGGGGUCGAGGCGGCGCUCAGCUGCUUCUCCUUCAACCAGGACUGCACGCCAGAGAGUGAGCUGCCGAGCUGUAUUGCAGACAUCUCGAGGAUUCCCUCCCUGAGAAGCAAACGCCUGUUUCCUUCCCUCUCGGCCUGGACUUGUUAGACGCCAGUCCCCGGGACCAUAUGGAAUCAUGCCUUUGGAAUGUGCACCCAGAGCAUCAAGCAGAUCCCUAGCAAUUGGAACCAAAGCCGGUUAUAAGCUGUUUUCUUUGAGUUCUGUGGAGCAUCUGGACCAAGUCCAUGGAAGCAACGAAAUCCCAGACGUUUACAUCGUGGAGCGCCUGUUCUCCAGCAGCCUGGUGGUGGUGGUCAGUCACUCAAAGCCACGGCAAAUGAAUGUCUAUCACUUCAAGAAAGGCACAGAGAUCUGUAAUUACAGCUAUUCCAGCAACAUCCUGUCCAUAAGGCUGAACCGACAGAGGCUGCUGGUGUGUCUGGAGGAGGCCAUCUACAUUCACAACAUCAAAGACAUGAAACUGUUGAAAACCAUCCUGGAUAUUCCUGCAAACCCAACAGGUCUCUGUGCCCUCUCCAUCAACCAUUCCAAUUCGUAUGUGGCCUACCCUGGAAGCCUGACCACAGGCGAGAUUGUGCUUUACGAUGGACACUCCCUGAAAACAGUCUGCACAAUUGCUGCCCACGAGGGGACGCUGGCCGCCAUCGCCUUCAAUGCCUUGGGCUCAAAACUAGCGAGCGCCUCUGAAAAAGGCACUGUCAUCCGGGUGUUCUCUGUACCUGAUGGGCAAAAGCUCUACGAGUUUCGAAGGGGCAUGAAAAGGUACGUGACAAUCAGCUCUCUCGUGUUCAGUAUGGACUCGCAGUUCCUCUGUGCCUCAAGCAACACCGAGACCGUGCACAUCUUCAAGCUGGAGCACCUCACUAACAGCCGACCAGAAGAGCCUUCGACCUGGACUGGCUACAUGGGAAAGAUGUUCAUGGCUGCUUCCAACUACCUCCCCACCCAGGUGUCAGACAUGAUGAACCAGGACAGGGCCUUCGCCACCGGACGUCUGAACUUCUCGGGUCAGAGGAACAUCUGCACUCUCUCAACGAUCCAGAAAUUGCCAAGGCUGCUGGUCGCAUCAUCCGAUGGACACCUUUACAUCUACAAUUUGGACCCUCAGGACGGAGGAGAAUGUGUCUUAAUCAAGACCCACAGCUUGCUUAGCUCAGGAACAACAGAAGAAAAUAAAGAAAAUGACCUCAGACCUUCAUUACCUCAGUCUUACGCAGCAACUGUAGCCAGACCAAGCACCUGGUCCGCCUCCACGGUGCCAGGUUAUUCUGAGGACGGCGGAGCCCUCCGAGGAGAGAUUAUUCCUGAACAUGAGUUUGCGACGGGACCAGUGUGUCUUGAUGAUGAGAAUGAAUUCCCCCCUAUAAACUUGUGCCGUGGAAGUCAGAAGGGCAAAACGAAGCAUUCAUGAUGAGAAGCGCACCUCAAAUCAGGAAAACCCCCCCCUAUCAGGAAGGUGGAAGAAUGGAGUACAAAUUGUGUGUGCAGAAAGGGGGGGCAGGAAUCCCAGGUGCCGCCUGCUUAAGCCACGAGACAUGGUCCACGGCUCUCCAAACUCUCCUCUGCCCUCGUUGCCAGUGGGUACGGGAGACCCUUAUAUACACAUCCUGCUACUCGAAAUAUGUUACAGCCAUAGUGUCAAUGCUAACUAACCAUAUUGGUCUAUAACCGGAACUUUAUACGAUAAAGGGCAUCCUUUUUAAAUGUAUGCCGUGUAAAAAUGUACUUAUAGGAAAAUCUCUUUGAAUUGUAUUUCUUGUAUAUUACGUACGUAUAGCGAGAGACUGUUUUCAGCCACGCAAAGUAUUUUUGCAGUGAUUGGGAUAAAUCAUUUAUUACCUUUGAGUCCCAUUCAGGACACUAAUAAUAAAAUCAUGGCAAUGCA